GAUGGCAACAAAAGCUGAUGUAGCUGAAAUUACACAAGUGAUGGCAACAAAAGCUGAUGUAGCUGAAGUAAAAGACAUGUUGCAAGUCAAAGCAUGUUCAGAUCUGAAGAAACUUGGAAAGUGUAAUUUCAACGGUCUUAUAAAAGAUCUUAACAAGAAAUACCUUGAAGGUACUAGAGAAUGGUUAUUUGAAAAACUCGACACUUGGUUUAACGAUAGAAGUGAAGAUGCUGCUAAUGUCAUGAUUUUGAUUGCCGGUCCAGGUGUUGGUAAAAGUGUGUUUGCUACUGAGGUGUGUCGACGAUAUUCUGAAAAGAAGAAACUUGCUGCUUCUCAUUUCUGCAGAUAUAAUAGAUCAGAGUAUAGAAAUCCUCGAAUUUUGAUGGAAUCAUUGGCUAGUAACAUGUGUGAUACAAUAUCAAAUUUUAAAAGUAAACUGACUGAAGAAUUACAGAGAAACCAUUCUCACGAAUCGAUCACCGAUAAAUUCCUUGUUUUAUUAAAUAAUCCAUUGCAUUUAUUGGAAGAUCAUGAACCAAUGCUUUUGGUUAUUGAUGCCUUAGAUGAAAGCCAAGUUGAUGGCAAAAGUGAAUUGUUGGAAUUGAUUGCUGAAGAGUUUGACCGACUGCCUAAAUGGAUUAAAAUCUUCAUCACCAGUCGCCCAGAACUUCCUGUUCAAAAGGAGUUGAAAGACAUGAAUCCUGUGGAAAUUACAACUCAUCCUAGUGAUGAAAACAACGAAGAAGACCUGCGCAAGUAUUUGAGACAUCAGUUGAAUAAUCGGGUGCAGGAAGGUCCCCACGUUCUAUGGUCAUUAGUUGAAAAAUGUGAGGGAUCAUUUCUGUACGCUUACCACGCACAAGAGAGUUUAAACAACGAAAAAACUGAGCAAACUGUCGAGAAUAUUGAACAAUUGGUUCUUACUGGUUUGAGUAAAUUUUACACGGAACAAUUCAAGAGAUUGAAAAAAUUAUUGAAAGAAAUAAUUUUAUCAACACACGAAACCGUUAUUUCCGACAAAAGCUUUACGGAAUAUCUUGAAGUUUUGGUGACUUAUCAAAGUAUUUUGCCUUUGUCUUUUCUAUUUCAAUGUUUAGGUUUAUCUGAUGACAUGAAGUUUAAAGAUCAUAUUAAAAUACGUGAAGUGCUAUCUCAAUUUUUUCCAAUUUACGAUGAUUAUUUGACCGUUUAUCACAAGUCUCUAAUUCAUUGGUUGAAAUCAGAUGGUUCUGAACAGCAUGAGUUUACAGUUGAUCCAAAAAAUGGACAUAAGCUCUUAUGGCAUGCUUGUGAGAAAGUGUUUGAACAAAUCAAGUCGAUGAACAUUUUUGAAGAUCAGAUGAACACUGCUAUGAUUAAAUAUGCUUUGAAGAAUGGAAUUUAUCAUAUGAUAGAAUGUGGCGAAAAUGUUGACUUUAGUUGGGCAGUAGAUGUCAAAGUGGUUUGUGCGAGGUUAAUGGUUGUGGAAGAUAUUAACAGGGAUACCAUUAGGUCAGAAUUGUUUGAAAUCAUUAAGAAACGACGUACUUUCUUGAAAAAAGAUGUACUUGAAGAAGCACUAAUUUAUUUGCUUACGACACAUAAAUAUGGGUUGCGAAAGUUUCAUAAAAACUUCUUUUAUUUACAAAUUAUUGCAAACAGAAUUGAUUGCAGUAACGAAAAAAGAUUAUUGGCAAGGGAUUUAUUGAAACAAGGAAAGCUUGUUUGGUUUGAGGAUUUAGACUCAACAUAUUUAACAAACCAUCAUCAUUUGACUGUCUCCUUGCGUGCUAACGUUACAUCACUUUGUGUGUCGUCAAAUGAAGAACUUCUUGCUGUAGGAUAUGAAAAUGGUCAAAUAUCUAUUUCUGAGCUUCCUGAAUUUACAGAAAGAUGUACUCUAGGUACUGCACUCGAUGAUUCAAGGUUGGAUAAGUGGGAUGAUGAAAACACAUUUAUGUCCCUGUAUAACAUCUAUGACUAUUCAACAUCAAGCGAAUUUCGUUUUUUACGUGGAAACAUCUGCUGUUGCUCCUUUUCACCUACCGGUAAUAGACUGGUAACUAGUGAUACAUCUACUGAAGUAAAGUUGUGGGACGUUAACAAUGGACGUUUCUUAUUAUGUUUACAGUCAGAUGAUGUCGUUAAUCGUUGCUCUUUCUCAGAUUCUGGUUUGUUUAUUACAGCGAGAUAUGAUGGAUUUCAUUCUGAAGAUGUGUUCACCGCAUGGAAUUUAUUAAAUUUGCAAAGAAUCGAUGGACGCUGCGUUGCUGAUUACCAAAAACUACAAAGCACCGAUAAAUAUUCAGAGUUCCUUGUUGCAGAAUUCGUCGAGACUUCCCAUGUCUUUCAAUUCCCAAAGGCGAUCGAUAUUUUUUCAAGAGAAAAUUACGAUACACUACCUUCAUAUCCAAUGAUAACACACAAUUAUCGUGAUUGUAUUUUUUAUCAUAGAAGCCAGAAUGGAAGGCUUUCUGAAAUCACUCUGUUGAAAAAAUACAACGAUCAAGGAGAAGUCGAGUUUGGUUUACCAGAUGUUAGGUGUCCAUGUGUUUAUAGGAAUCUGAAAAAAGUCCUUCCCAUCUCGUUUAAGGAAUUUUACGUUGUGCCGUAUUUUUCCAAGCUUAAAAUUUUCAAAACUGAUCAUCUUUGGAGACCUUCAUUUAUCUUUGAGAAAUUUAAAAUUAAAUGUUGUUGUUUUUCACCGGAUGGAUCUUUUUUGGCUGCUUUCGCUGUUGGUGACGACGUCAACAUUCAUAUUUGGAGCAUUGAACGUUGCACUAUUAUUCAAACUGUACCAAUGCAACUGAAGAAUGCAUUAGGAUGUUGGUGGUCAGAUGGUUUACUGUGGAUAUGGGAUGGUUCUGAUCAUCUUAUGAAGAUAUCAACUUCGUCUGAAAAUUUUGUACAUUCCACUCAAGCAAAGUAUGUUAACAUUGGAUUUAAACCUAAAGAAAUCUUAACAUUUGCUGAUGUCUUAGUUUGUAUUGACGAACUAGAUUUUGUUCAAGUUGUUAGAAUUACCAAGGGCGAGAUACAAUACAACAAAAGACUUCCUGUCAAUAGUUCAAAAGUUAAAGCAGCAGCUGUAUCACCUGAUAAUUCUGUUAUUUUAACUGUAAACAAAACAGAAUACACAAUAUGGAAAUGGGAAAAUAACAACAAUGAACUUUACUUGAAACCUUGGCAUACUGCAGAAAUACCCAUAACAGCUGUCUUUGAAGAUUUUCUUCUAGAACAGAUAACUUUAAAUGAUCUAGAGUUCACUUGCUGUAUAAGUGAUAGUAAACAAGCAGUCAUAGCAUUUUGCAAAGACAACGAAAUUAUGAACAUUUAUGUAAUUAAUGUUCACGAGAGUGGUGAUGUGAAUGAGAAUUUGCAUUAUGUUGGUAAAUUUUAUUUGGGCUCCGACCUAUUUGUACACAAAUCGUAUUGCAUUGGAGUGUCUUUGGGGUCAUUGCUUGCUGUAGAUUUAAAGAGUGGCGAAAAGUGCGCUGAAUUUGACGAAAUACGUUAUGAAUUGUCUCGUAUAAUUAUGCAUUCCAAUACAGGAACUUUUGCUAUUGUUGACAUUUUACAUUGCAGUAUUCAAUUUUUAAAACUUAAUGUUCCUGAAUAAAUACAUCAACUCAAACUUUAACAGUAAAUUCAAAAACCUUUUGAGAAAAUUGUACAUAGAUGUUGAUGGUCGUAAGGAUGAUUGCUUGUUUCCACCUACUAUAGUUUUCUACAGAAGAAGUAUACUUAUUCUACCAGGCAAUCUUUAAGAAAUUAUCUCUAUUUACCAAAAAUGAAUUUGGACCAAUUUUGCAAAAGUUUUUUUAAAUUUAUCGGUACUAUUUCUUGGAAUAUCUUACCUCCUGCUAUUAAAGAAUGUAAAAUAUUAUCUAUGUUUUGCAAUAAUCUGAAACGAUGUAUAAUUGCUUUUUAUAACACAAAUGACUUGUAUUUAAAAAGAGCGCGUCUAUACUAAUUGAUCAUGAAUAUUUGUUUAUUCCUUUCUAAGAUUCUACUUGUAGUCUUCAUAAAUGAAUUGUCAUUUAAACAGGGCAUCCUCUAGAUUUGACUACUACUGUAAGAUGCUCUGUCAAACUUAUUAUUAUGUAUUGUAUCUCUGAAUAAAUUUCAUGUUGAUGAUUUACUUUUUAAUAAAAA